AUGUCCGUCUACGACGCCUGUCCCGCCGAGCGGGCUCUGGCGUUCCCGCCCGAUUUCGGUGCGCCAACCCGUCCCCCGUCCCUCGUCGUGACGACCAUGACGCCAAGCCGCGUAAUCCCCCUAUCAAAGACACUUUGUUGCCCAGACCACACGGCAGUGUUGUCGGUAUCGUCCGUAACGGACGAACAAGUACGGGAGGUAGCCUCCCUGAUUCACGACGAGCUGCAGUGUGUGAGCAUUGGUGGAGUCGCGCAAACGUUGGGUCUUUCGCGUACUCUCGCAUCGCAGUUGCUUACCAAGGUUGCGCAAGACGAAGCCUCCGUCCAUGACGACGGUAGCACGCGUGUGGAACCACGGUCCUACCGGGCGACGUACUGUGUCAGUAGCAACGAGACAGACCCCACCGCUCCGGAUGUCUCCUGUACCGUCUUCAGUCUCGUGACCCGCCACGAAACGGCGGAUGCCGUAGUUCGCCACAGCGUCGCACCGCGACUGCCGGAACAACCGCUCCCACUGCUCUACGCACUCUCUUUGGAAAACGAAGCCCUGUCGACGGCACACGAACGAGAAAUGGCUGCGUAUCGGGACAUGCUCCAACAGACACGGCAACCCGACCAGGAACAUGCCGGUGCCGCGUCACUCGAACGUCUCCUGCAACCGGAAGCACUGUGGGACGACGUGACUCCGGCCGAGACGGUGCGGGAGGCGUGUUACGCCACCGCGGCAACGGCCAGUCCCCAUCAAGCGGACAAACACAACCAACUCAACAGUCGUAACAGCAGCAGCGUGACGGAUCGCGGCAGUCGCCGUCCGCUUCCCAAAAAAGCCGUCACCGCCGCUUCGUUUUUCGGGAACCAGCCUCCGGGGAACACUCGUAGUGCACGCACCGCCACAGCCACCCCGCCGGCAUCCCGGACCCUGGUGUCCACCACAAAACCAGUCAAGUCCGCUGCGAAACCAAACGUGGCGGCGUUGGACGAAAAGGAAAACAACCGGGAUGACCUUGUGGGUAACGCCGACGACUUUGUGGGAGACUUGGACGACAAUGACGAUGACAGCGUGCCGGGAGACGCCGCACCCGCCGUUCCCGCGGAACACGUACCCCGACGUCCGUCCAAGCGGGUCCUGAUUCCGGACAGCAGCGACGACGAAGCCGACACUCCCGAGGAAUCCGCCGCCACCGGGAAGACCACCCACGAAACUUUGCUGGUCGAUGCAGCACCGCCCGUCAAAGGUGCCAUGGACGACUUUGCCCAGAAAGCGGCCCCCCUACCAGGCAAUCUACCGUCUCGGCGACGCCGACGCAAGGUCACCAAGGAAAAGACGACGGUCGAUCCCAACGGAUUUUUGCAUACCGAGAUACAGGAAGUCUGGGAAGAUAUCCCUUCGGAUGAAGAAGAAACCCAACUUGUAGGAUCGCCAAUUGCCAAGGCCGCCCCGCCCGCCAAAAAAACGUCGACGGUCAAAGCAGGAAUGAAACAAAAGAGUUUGGCCAAUUUCUUUCAGAAAAAAUAG